AUGUGUACCUAUGUCAUCCUUGCAAUUGUUGGAGCAAUAGAGUCACGGUACUGUGUGAAAACUAAUCAGCUUCAUACAUUCAGUGAGCAGCAGCUGGUGGAUUGUGACACAACAAAUAAAGGCUGUAAUAUUACUAGCAAAGAUAUAGCAUAUAAGCACAAUCAGACCCAAGUAGUUGUUAUGAGAGGAAACAGUAUGAAAUAUAUAGCUGUGGUUGGAAAAACUAAAUCCAGUCUCUGUGCAAAAUAUGGACAACUUUAUUCACUCAGUGAGCAGCAAAUGGCAGAAUGUGAAAAACUGAAUAAGGAUUUUCAUGGUAAUCGGUUCAAAGCAUUGAAGUACAUUCAGAAUGUAGGAGGUCUUAUGAAAGAGACUGACUAUCCAUAUAAAGCUGUUGAUGGGGUCUGUCACUAUGAUGAAAAACUUGCAGUGAAGAUUUCCAUCUCAGAGAUAAAGAAAAUUGAUGCAGACAAAAUUGCAUAUGAUGUCUAUAAAUACGGACCCACAACAUUUAGCAUGCGUGUCAUUGAUGACUUUCACCUAUAUAAAAAAGGAAUAUAUUCACCCACCUCUGACUGUAGCAAAGCAAAUGGUAGGCAUGCUAUGAUUAUUGCUGGAUAUGAUUCUGGUUUUUGGAUAGUAAAGAACAGCUGGGGAAGCCAUUGGGGCGAGGAUGGUUAUGUCCGUAUAAAACGAGGUGUCAAUGUAUGUAGGAUGGAAAAUCGUGUCUACAGCCCUUACCUGCAAUAGAUUUUGAAACAUGGUGGCUGUGUGAACAAGCACCACCAAGAAAUUUCAUGUUCUAAAGUGCUUACCUUACUUCGCAAGAAACAUUUCAGCUACAGCCCUGUUCACAAGUUUCCUAACAAACCUUGUUUGCAUCACAAUGAUUUCUUGAAGAAAUUAUGACUUCUGAUCAAACAUUCACAUUUCUAAUAAUGAACUACAAAACAAAUCAUACUUUCAGGAGCAGCUGUCAACAUGUACUCAUGAAUCUUCUAUCACCCCACAGUUUAAUUUUUUUAUAAGCAUAAAUUUGAUAUAUUUCUGUGAUUUGUUUAACAAAAUUGUACAUGCUUAAGUUACUGUUCAUUGACAGUAUCAGACUUUAAAUUUGCAGACUUUAAAAGUGAAAACUCCUGUUACAAACUGUAAUAAAAAUCACAAGUAACUGAAAGUAGAGCAGAGAUGCAGGGAUGUAACAUUCAGUAACUGUAUAGCAUAAAAAUGCUUAUAAUGGCUGAUUUCUUGUUGUCUUCACACUCCACAGAUAGCUAAAUAUCACAUAAUUAUGUAUGCAUGUUUUUACCCCUAGGGAGCAGUAUGAAUGAACGAGCAAGGUACUGCUGUUUAGAAAAUGAACGUUCUCCAGCAGGGUAUUAAUGUAUAAGUAAUGCCGGUGAAAAAUGAAUCUGCCGCUUCAUGGCAGCUUAUCCAAGGAGCUCGGACUGAAAAAAAAAAACGAAAU